AUGGCAACGCUUCCUGACUCCUCCGAGGCCGAGGGGUCACCUGUAGUUCAGGGAGCGCCAACCACUUUUCACGACUGGCCUCAGCUUCCUAAUGAGCUCAAGCUUGAGGUUCUGUCGUAUUUGCUCACCUUUACUGGAGGUAUUGACAUUUACCGGGGGACUCCUUCGUACGACUCCAGUAUGGAAGAUUCACACCAGAAGCGCUUAAAUGACCAUCUCUUUCCUCUAAUCGCAACCAGAAAUAGAAACAUGGCCCUUCUUGCACAAGAAGCCUACUACAAACGUAACGUCUUCAUAGUACACUUCCUUCUUCAUUUCGAUUGCACUACCAGCUGGCCAAAAGCUUCUUGUGCCAGGAAGAUCCGACACAUGAUGCUUUGUCUGGGAUUACACGUUGAUUUUACUUUAGAAGAGCUUCUGUUUAGUUGCUAG